AAUUCAUCAAAAAUUCCAAAUGGUUUUUUUAAAAUUACUUUACGACGCUCUACAAUUGGUUUACCUUUAAAACUUCGAAGAGUUGUACGAGCUCUAGGUUUACGUCGUUUACAACAAACUGUCUAUCACUCUCAAACUGCUUAUAUUGCCGGUAUGAUACUCAAAGUAAAAGAAAUUUUACAAGUAAUUAAUGUUAAAAAAAUUCCUGCUCCCGAAGAAAGAAAAAAAAGGGCCAAAAAAGGUUAUGUUAUCAUU